AGGGCAGCAGCAGCAGUAGGUCGAACGGUGUGCGGAGAUACGGAAAAAAUUCAAAUUCGUCGUCAUUUCCAGUUGCUGGCUGCUAGCGAUCGGCGUGGCGAACAAGUCUAUCAAGUGAAUUAAGCGAACCCACUUCUGCUCUGUUGUUCGGUGCAAAAGUUUACCAAAAACACCGCCAUUACAUUGCAAGCGAAACCGACUGAAGAUAAUUUCGGCACAUUUGUGGUGAUAGCUGGAAAACGUGUUGUACAGUGAAAGGUCGAGGAGCAAGCACCCGUGGUGUGUUCGGUUCAGUGGUUGAUUUCGUGUGAAGCAAGAGAGGAAAGAAGUGAAUAAAAAAUGUCUUUUGCACUGUUGCGAAGCCACGGUCGUCCGGCGUUGGCAGUGAUCGAGCGGCAAGUUCGGGCACUGUCUUCCACCCUGGCCAUUACCGACAUUUCGGCAACAUCAUCAUCAGCAGCAGCGGUGAAGCCGACAACCGGUGAAAACAACCGAAACUACCUGAAGAACAGUAAGCCGUCCUUCGUCUCAACGUCGGUCCGCAAGUAUUCGAAGAAAACGGCCGCCCCAGAACGGGCCUACAACAGUGACUCGGACUCGGACUCGGAUGAUGAGCGUGAUAAUACUCCGCGCCAGCGUCAGCGCAAGGAACGGGUCUUUCACUAUCCCGUAAGGAGCAUGGGCAACACCGAGUUCUGGCGACGCAAGAUGCGCACCCUGCACGGUGUGCUGGACGUCAACAAGGACGGUGUCAUCUCGUACGACGAUUUUAUGCUGCUGACGGAAAAGUUUGCCUCCCUGGGCCAUCUCGAUGCGAAGGCAAAGAACGAGUUCCGCGACAUUAUGAGAACCACCUGGGAGCAACAAUGGGGUGAAAUUACGCCCUACAAUCUAGUCACGGUGGAACAGUAUCUAACCGAGAUGCACCAUGUGGUGAAUGAUAAGGAUCUCAAGAAGAAGGUGCAUCGCUUUUUGCCCUACCUGUACAAGGCCGUCGAUAAGGAUCGCUCGGGAUCGAUCUCGCUGAACGAGUUCAAACUAUUCUUCCGCUGUCUGGGGCUGACGGAAGAGAAUGCAGCCGUUUCGUUUGCGGUGAUCGACAAAAACGGCGACGGCCAAAUCACGCUGGACGAGUUCGUUAAGCUGGGUAAAGACUUUUUCGUCAGCGAGAAGGAAACGCACGUGUCCCGGAUGUUCUGGGGCCCGCUGGUCGAUCACUGAGCACGGAGCGUGUUCCGUGUACUUCCCGUUUUUCCAGGGCCUACUGUGCGCCUGAUCGAACUUAUAACGUAAUCCGCUAGUGUGUAGAAGGUUUCUUUUAGCGCGUAAGUGUACAUGAUAGCUGUUAAGCUGAUGAAUUUGGUCGAUUUUUCCUGUCCUCUCUGUCCCGCGAAGGCUGACAGCUCAUCUUUUAAUCGUCUUUUGCAAACACAAACACAUUUACUCAAACAGUCGUGUCACUGCUCCAAGGCUCCAGCGAGAGUGGCAAUACAAUACAAUCAAGCAUCCCGCUCCGGUGGCGGUGACUUUCCAAAACCAUCAUCGUCAGCCGUUCAGAUUAGCUAUCGUGCAAAAAUGUUGUGAACACCUUUCAGCAGAGAAUGUAAGCAUCAUUUGUGAUAGAGCAAUAAAGCGUAUUUUGAAUACAACGAGAA